UUAUUAAACUCUCUCUCUCUCUCUCUCUCUCAUCACACACGCACUUACGUUCACACUUGAGCCUGCGCCGUGGCUUCUUCCUCCAUAGUCCAGCAGGAAGCAAACCUCUGUCUUUGCCCCCCUCCCUCCCCCAUUGGAUCGCUCGGAAACCUUCCACAGUUCACAAGUCCUUUCCUUAGCUUCUUCUUCGUCUUCUUCUUCCACAUUUUCUGCUUCUCAUUGCAGAUUACGAGCUGAUUCCGGCGCAAUUCUGUAAAGCUUGCAGCUUGUUUUGCUGUGCCGAGUGUUCUGUUUGAUCGUCGCCACGAUCCGCUCAAAUCUCGUGUAGUUUGGAGUGCUUUAGAUCGUCCCUAGCGGAUUCUGACUAGAUCUGGACUGGAUCUGAGCUGAUUGGAUGGUCCUAAGCUGAUCGGCCUGUGAUUUUUAUGCGGUAGUGGUAGAAUUUCACCAUCCUUGGGGUUCUCCAUGGCAAUGCCAUCGGGAAAUGCGGUCGUCGGCGACGGCAAGAGCAAGUUCCAGGUGGCCCCCGGUGCCGGCGAGAUCCGCCACGGCCACCAGCCCCCCAUGUGGUUCCCGGACGAGAGGGACGGCUUCAUCUCCUGGCUUAGGGGGGAAUUCGCUGCAGCCAACGCCAUUAUCGACAGCAUCUGUCACCACCUGAGGGCCGUCGGAGAGCCGGGAGAAUACGAUGCUGUGAUCGGUCUGAUUCAGCAGAGGAGGUGUAAUUGGACCUCUGUGCUUCAUAUGCAGCAGUACUUUCCUGUGAGCGAGAUUGUUUAUGCUCUCAACCAAGUGACAUGGAGGAGACAGCAGCAGCAACAGCAACCCCAACAGCAUAGAUAUUUUGAUCAGUCCAAGUUUGGUGGUAAGGAGUUUCGGAGGGCCAGCCCGGGAUUCAACAAGAACCAGGGAUUGAGGGGUGGGGAGGCUGUCAGGGAAGCGCACAAUUCUGGGGUGGAAGGCUGCACCAACAAUGGCAAUGCAGUCAGUGAGAAAGGUCAAGAAUCGAAGGUUGCUGCGAAGCCAGAAGAUGCAGCAGAGGAUGACAAAGCUGUCGUUACAAAAAAUCUAGCUGAUUUUAGCUUGAAGAGUUGCGGAAAUCCAGGGCAGAUUGUCUGUGAGAAUUCAAAAUCUGAAGUCGGGUUGACAAAUGAUGGAUGCAUGUCAACAUCAAAAGAGGGUGAGGAAGACAUCCGAAGCCAAAAUGGGAAGCAAGAUUCCCCUCCAGUUCCCAAAACUUUUAUUGGUAAUGAGAUGUUUGAUGGAAAGAUGGUUAAUGUGGUUGAUGGAAUGAAGUUAUAUGAGGAUGUACUGGAUGAUGCAGAAGUGAAAAAACUUGUUUCACUAGUUAAUGAUUUGAGGGCUGCGGGGAAAAGAGGGCAAUCCCAAGCGGGUCAGACAUACUCCGUCACAAAGAGACCCAUGAAGGGGCGUGGAAGAGAGAUAAUUCAAUUAGGCCUGCCCAUUGUAGAUGCACCUUUGGAAGAUGAGAAAGAUAGGAGGAUAGAAGCUAUCCCUGCCCUGUUGCAAGGUGUUAUUGAACGUAUAGUUGGCAUGAAUAUCACGACGUUGAAGCCGGAUUCCUGUAUCAUUGACUUCUACAAUGAGGGCGAUCAUUCCCAGCCUUGCUCAUGGCCAUGUUGGUUUGGACAUCCUAUCUGCUUGCUGUCCUUAACAGAGUGUGAUUUGACUUUUGGACGAGUCAUUGCAAUAGAGAAUCCUGGGAACUUUAGGGGCUCUCUCAGGCUCUCUCUCUCUCCAGGGUCUCUUCUUGCUAUGCAGGGAAAGUCUGCAGAUUUCGCUAAAUACGCGCUGCCUUCCCUCCGCAAGCAGAGGAUUCUUAUCACCUUCACGAAAUCCCAACCCAAGAAAUCCAUUCCGAUUGACAGUCAACAUCAUAUUCCUUCACCAGCCAUAAUCCAAAGUUCCCACAGGAGCCCCACAACCAACAAGCCACUAAACCACGGACACGUCCGUCACCCUGCUGGCUCCAAAUACUAUGGAUCGGUACCUCCUAAAAAUGUAAUGCCUGCCCCGCCCAUUAUCCCAACCCUAAAUGGGAUGCAGCCGCUGCUGGUGGCAGCUCCCUCCAUGCCCUUCCCAACACCUGUCCCAAUUCCGGCACCUUCUGCCACCGGAUGGGCCGCGCCUCCUCCGCGACACCCUCCACCGCCUCAUCCUAAUGUUCCCGGAACUGGAGUUUUCCUACCUCCUCCAGGUCCGGGGAGCCCUUCUCCUGAUCAACUGCCACCAUCUACCACCACUGACCAUGACCCAAAUGUGGAGAGGGGCUUAGAAAAGGAAAAUGGUCUGGAGAAAUCUAAUCAAGUCAAUCCUGAGUGCAAUGGAAAUAUCGACGGCGGGAAGACAAUGGCGAAGGAAAGAACAUGAGGUUGGUGAUGGAAGCCAUUCGAGGCAGUUUAGAGAGGAAGCUGAGAAAAGUGGAAGAGCGAAAACUAGGAGGCUCUAUGACCUAAGUUGAGUUCAAGCAAAUGUAAAGAGCGGCGACAGACAAUAUCAGACUUUACACGAGUAGUAGGGUAAGAGAAGAGGGGAAAAGAAUGAACUUUUGUCUAUCCUCUGUAAUUUCUCUCCUUUUAUUUUCUCUCGUUCCUUUUUUGUUGUGGUAAAAUAUACAGAGAAAAUUAGGGGGGGAUGUUUGAAUUCAAUUAUUAUUAUUAUUAUUAUUAUUAUUUCAUCUAAUUGAUGAUGCAUCGAAGGAAAUUUCCCUUG